ACGACCAUGGACCUGUUCUGGGGCAACCCCCUGAGCGAGCCUCCGUCUUCGUCCGAGGCGCCUGCAAGCUCUGCGCCUGCAAGCUCCGCGCCUCCACCCGCCACGUCGUCGGCAGACGCCACACCACGCCCGACUACCGAAGCCGAGGCCCGAGCCGAGCCUGGUGGCGGCUCGUCGUGGUGGGGCCUCAUCGAUACGAUCAAGGGCAAAUCGACCGAGAUCCUCGAGGUCUACAAGCGCGACCUUGGCGAGUUUGUCUCGACCAUAUCUGAAGAUACUCGCGAGUCGCUACAUGCAGCGGCGUCUGCUGUCCGCGGCGAGCGCGGUGAGCACGGUGACGCCGAUGGCUCGUUGCCGGGCUCACGGCCAGGCUCGGCAUCCGGUGACUCGUCUGCCCGCCGCCAAGCUGGUGACGACGUCGGCCUUGCUGCGCUCUCACGCUUUGACGCCGCCCUGCACAAGCUUCAGUGCGAUCCGGCGACGUUCUGCCAUGAUCCGGAGCCCGAAGCAGAGUAUCAGGCCUGGCUUGCAGACUUUGACGUCGACAGCAAGACCGCAGACAUUGCCGAGCUGCUCAAGGUCUCCGAAUCGGUCCGCACCCUCCACACCCGCCUGGUCCCGAGCUCGCUGCCCUACGCCGACUUUUGGGCUCACUACUACUUCAACGUCCACCGUCUUGAGCAGGAACAAGCGCGGCGCGCUAAGCUUGUCGAGCGAGCCCAGGCUUCCGACGACGACGAGCUUGGCGGGUGGGGCACCGACGACGAUGACGACGACGACGAGCCUGGCGAGCUGAAUGAUGGCGAGCUCGGGGCUGCCACCGAUCGCGAUGGAAGCAGCACUGAGCUGGUUUCUGCCGAUGUCACUCCUGUGCCUCAGCCUGCCCCUGUGGCCGAGCCCGUGUCCAAGGCCGAGGCCGAGGCCGAGCCUGCAUCCGCGGCCGAGGCCGAGGUCGAGGCUGCAUCCGUGGCCGAGGCCAAGCCCGUGGCCGAGGCCGAACCCGUGGCCGAGCCUGUGGCCGAGGCCGAACCCAUGGCCGAGCCCGUGGCCGAGGCCGAACCCAUGGCCGAGCCCGUGGCCGAGGCCGAACCCAUGGCCGAGCCCGUGGCCGAGCCUGCACCUGUUACUGCUACGACUCGUCUGGCGCUCGCCGAUGAGACUGGUGACAUCGACGACGGCGACGAUGAUGACGAUGGCUGGCUCGACUGGGAGUAG